UGUGGCGCGGACCGGUUGUGUCAGUCGGAGCGUAAACGUUAGAUAGAUCGGCGUCGACGGUCGCAGUCGUGUCCGGUUUUAUUAAUAUAAAAAUGUGUAUGUUUUAAAGUAUACGCACAAUAUAUUAUAUCUCUCUCGUUUAGUGUAAAAUUAAAAAAAAAAUAAUAAUAAUAAUAUAAUACGCAUCAGUGUUCCAUCCGAGAUCAACAGGCGUGUCCGAUGAACGGUUAUUUAUUUAUCAUCGAUAUAUCAUAAUAAUAUAAUUCAAUAUAAUAUUAUUAAUAUAUUGUAUAUAAUAUUAAUAUGUGUGUGUGUGAUACCAUUGACCGGAGACGACGACGAUGACUGUUGCGAUUCACCGCCGGUGCAACUACCCUACACCGUCCACGCAUUACAGGUGAAAUGCGAAAUCCGAGCUGAAGCCAACAAAGUAUCGACAACAACAACGAGCAGGAAAUUCACAAGACAGUAGAUAACAUGGUGUUGCGCCCGUGUGAGGAAUACGGUAGUUACACGAUGGAUAACUACCCGCAAAACGGCGGCGCUGGCCAUCAUUUUUACGAGAGCAUCAAAACCGAAAUGGAAAGUUUUCGGUUGCGUGGCGCGGACGGAGAUUUUUCAGCGUCGGUAGCAGCCACGUCCGAUGCAUUGCUCAGUGACGACACCAGCUCGAUAGCGUCAAAGAAACGAAUAGACAGUAUGUUUAAGACGACCGCUUCCGCUGCGGGCGACACAAAACGGACGUCCGGCCACCGCGCUGGCCGUCAGACAAAGUCGUUGGCCGACGACAAGAACCACUAUGAUGAUGGGGCAGGUGGCGGCUAUUUCGAUUACGGUUAUCCCCCCAGCACCAACGAUAGAAACAACAACGGCAACAAUAACAACAACAAGAAUACGGUACAAGAGAAGAUCGAAAAGAUGUUUGCGGAAAUCAGUUCCUCGGAACUCGACACGGAUGUAUCGAUGGACUCCUCAGCGGUGGCGGCAGAAACGGGUAGCAACAAAUUCCACGUGCAAUAUAUUGGGUGCGCGGGGCUAUCGGGCAAGAUAUCAUCGUUGGAGGGCCUUCAGAAACCCGUCCGAGACAUGUACUUCAGUUAUCGGGAAAACCAACACCAUUACCGCGGUGGCGGUAUCCCGAACCGUGGUUAUUGCGACGACGAGGUCCGGAAUGAAGCACGGCGUGACUUCUCCGGGCUGUUGGAGAUAUCAGCAGCCGGUCUUACCAUCCGGUACAAGAACGAGUUGGGUGACACGGAGCAGCGGACCAACGCAUUCCCGUCGAUCGCUGUGUGGGCGGCUCUGAAAUAUGUGUGCCGCCGCCGGUCUCCACCACCGCAAAGAAGAAUCGUUGGGGAAGCCAUCACCACCGCCGCCGGUUACGAGUACGCUUUCCUGCCGCUGAUCGCCGAUCCAGAUGGAUCGGACAAGGCGCCGCUGUUCCGGGACAUGGACGCCGGCGACAGGGCUCGGCUGGACGCAGCCGGCGACCACGCGCCCGUCUUCGCGGUGGUCACGCGUACGCCCGGCAAGCGGCUUGAAUGUCACGGGUUUGCGUGCGAGACGGAAAACGACGCGUUGCUCAUGGCGGCCAACCUAUACGGGGCCCUAGUAACGGUUAUGUCUUCGGCCGCCGCGGAGGUAGACGUGGACGUGCCGACGUCCGGUGAGGCGGCCGGACGACGGGCCGCUCCCUCGGCCAGGCGGGUUAUCCGACAGCGGAACGGGUUCACGAGUAUGAGUAGCACGGCUGGUUCGAGCGUGACAGGUGGGGGUGUAGGUGAGGAGGCGCCCGCCCUACCACCGCCUCGUCCACCACGCAGGAACAAAAAGUCCACGUCGUCUGUCAGCGCUUCGACGUCGGCUGGCGAUGACGGGAGAAACGUUCCGUCGGCGAUGACGUCGGGUCGGGCGGACGAUGGCAGCGGUGGUGACGUGUGCAGCGGUGCUAAAACGUUCCAGUUGACCGUCAAACAGCCUCCGUCGCUCCAGCGGGGUGUGUGUAACAGUAGCAGCGCUGCGGGCUUGGCGGACAUGCAGUCCCGCAGCAAUAGACAGCAACGUUUGGACGGUGGUGGCGACAUACUCACCAAAGUGGCCAUACCCAGGAGCAGGAGUUUUCUGAAUUCCAACGGGUUGGCAUCCACUAAGUACUCGAGACGGGCGGCUGGUUGCGGGAUCGAGACGGUCGCGGCAGAUAGGCGCCGCCGCCGGAGCAAUGGGAGCGGCGUCAUGGGCUUCUCGGACAUGUUCAACGAGCUGCGUGCGCAAGAGGGCCUGAACAACAUGGACGACAUAUUGAACGCCAUCAUCAACGUGGAGGGUAUGUCAUACAAUGACCUAAAGCCCAUUUACAAGGAGUUUCUAAUGAAAUUGGCGUUAACGCUUACCAAAGACGAGCUGUACCAGCGUACCAAAGCAAUAAUGACGGAACAGAAACGUAAGCGGAACAAGCGGCGUCCAUCGGUCGCCACACAGGCGGCCGGCCGUGGGCGUCGUUUCAAUGACAAGCUGCGCGAUGCGUUCAACUUGCGUGCGGCAAAGUCGCGAAUCGGCUCCGUAUUGCUGCCGGAUUUUUGCAAGCGCAAAAACCGGAACAGUGUGUCCAGGAAACAACAACAACUAGUGCAACAACAUCAACAACAACAACAACAAAAGCGACGUCGAUGUUCGUGUUCGAUGAUCGCAGGGUCGUCCACCAGUCCAGCGGAGCGGAAACCGGAACGCAAGUUUCAACGGCGGGUCACUGCGGGUAAACGGUCAGCGGUCACGUCGGCAAGCAAAGGCCGGCGAGCUUCGGCCACGUCGUCGUCACCCGUCUGCAGCACUUCCGACGACAGUGACUUUUUUGCGGCCGCUGCGAUGCGGCAACGGCAACAUCAACAGCUCCAACAACAACUGCUGCAGCAACUGCCGCAGCUCUACAAGAAGACGUCUAAAAAGCGUGGCGGCCGCGACGGUGGUCGAGGAACGGCUACGGCGUCUGAGGCCGGUUGCCUGCACCGGGCGUCCAGUGGUUACUUUAGCUGUUCCGAAUGUAGCGGAGGCGGUGUAGCUGACGAAGACGGUUGCAGUUGCUGCGGCGACGGCGCGAUGGAACCGUCGUCACUGGUGUCAUGCAGCUGCGACUCAGAUAGCUGCGCAGACAGCGACAAGUGUUACUGUGGCCGUCCGCGGCGCCCGCGGAACAUAUUCGAUGAGCUCAAGAGCCGCGGGUUCGCCGCGUCCGAGUCAAGCGUGUCGAGGGCCGAUUCGCCGGGCACCGCAUGGAAAAAGAAUGAGCUACUCAUGCUGCUGCAGCAACGACACGACGAUAGUUGCCCCGGUAUGGGCAGCGAAUCGUUUCCGGCGGCUACGGGCGGCGGCAAGUGCGGCAUCGAACCUUCCAAGAGCAUCGAAUACCUGCAGAUGACGCACCGGGCCCGUCCGAGCGCCGCCACCACCGUCACCGGCGCAAAAUCAACCGCAGCGGCUGGUUCGUCUUCGUCGCCAUCGUCGUCCUUGUCCGCGGCCACCGUGUACUCGUCGUCGUCCGCGGUGCACCAACGUCGGCCGCAACCAUCACGCGGUGCCAAACACCACCACCGCCGUUCCGGUUCAAGCGGUUCGGACAACUUUCGCGCUAUCGAUUACGCGCUAUUCGCGGCCACUGCUGACGGCGCUGCUGAGCCGCGAAAAACACGCGGCUGCGGUGGCACCCGUCAAAAUCACCGCCGUCCGGAUGGCUCACUGGCCGCCUCAUCGUCGUCUGUCGCGGUGGGCAGGCGGUCGUAUAGCUCCGAAGCGGUGCACAUGACCGGCUGUCGGGUGCAGUACGGCGGCCACUUGCGACAGCCUGCACUGCCGCAGCAGAAGAAGCAGACGGCCAGGCGACAUUCCGUCCACGACGGCGGAGGCGAUGAAGUUCUGUCAACCUUUUUCAAAUCAGGCAUUGAAAACUCGUUAGGCUACUAUCCGUGACGAUUCGCGCCGCGUUAAAGUGACGCGGCAAACACUCGUUUCUGUAAGGCGUGCAGGGUGGGGGGGGUGAGGUCGAAAUUGUAUAACAUGUUACCACCGCCAGCGUGCAAUAUUCAAUAUAUUCCGACAAAAUAAAUGGUUUAAUCAAAUGUGUUUCAUACCAAUAAUAAAAUUCAUAUAAUAUAAUAUAAUUCAGGACGUCAUCUCGAUUCUUAAACAUAUAUCAUAUGUAUCUACAAUUUUCCGACUAACCCGAUAUUUCGACUACCGCUGACAAAUAAAAAACAAUUAAGUCUGCUCAAUAAGACUUAAACCGUAAAGCAUAUUUUACUAUAUAAAAUCGAUAUAGGUACCUACUUCUACGACUGCAGCCCCAACUAACUGGGAUUUUCUGCGAAUAGAAAAUGUUCUAUGACUUUUCCUACCAUUGUAUUAUAUGGUAUUAACCGUAGUAUUUUUUUGAAAAGAUGAGUAAUAGGGUCACAAAUCUAAAUUAUACUCUGGAAACAGAUAUUUUGAAAAUGUAAUAUUCAAUAAUUCUGUAAAAAAAAAAAGUAAGUGAGUAAACCUAUAGGUAUUAUAAUUUAUAACUAUAACACUAUGUAUCCUAUGCGUGUUUAUUAUUACUAUUACGUGUAAAUUGUUUUUUUUGUAUAUUAUGUUUUACGUAUUAAGUUUUGUAAAGCAAACCUAUUUUUUCUUAUAGAUUACAAUAUCGUACUAUAAUAAUACAACGCAGUGUUAACAUGUGGUAGUCGCAAUAACAGCAUAAUAGGUAUUCUGUAUAUUCAGUUUAUUAUACUGAGCUUACCAGCAAAUUGUGUAUGUCAUCGCUGCUGCGAUUACCAGUCAAUAUUUAACAGUCACCAGGACACAGCCACCACCCAUUUCGAUAGUGGUGUCGACAUACAUCCUUUUACCCCUUCCUGUGCGCCACUAAAAGAAUAACGACAAGGUUUCGAUGCUUCAUUAUCAUCGUCAUUAUUAUUAUUUAUUAUUAAAUUAUUUUAUAGUUACAUAUUUGUUUCCACGAGUUAAGGUGUGCGCUCGCACGUAUUUACGAGUUAAUGAAAUUUAUUCUGUAGAAAGCUAGAGUUGGGAACAUUUUUAUCUAAAUAACUAUCCGAAAAUAAAUAUGUAUUUGAAUAAAAAAUUAUUCGAAAAAUAUUGGUCUUUUA